AUGGCGCCAAAAAAGCGCGCCAAGAAUGCGGAAGUGGAGGCACUCCUCUGCGACCAGCUAGAGGACUUGAAAAAGAAAAGGUUAGCAGCAAAGAAAGCUGUGAAAGAAGCCGCCAAGAAUGAGAAGAAUGCUAUCAGGAAGAAGAACCGGCUCCUCAAGGCAGCCAAGAACUUGUCUGCUGACGACCUGCAGCUGCUCUUGGAAGCAAAAAAGGACAGCAUGUCAUCCGUCCCGCAGUGUCUCACCGCUGCAGACCCUGCAGCUGUACUGCAGGCGGCCAAUGCCAAGAACGUGGAGGACCAGGCCUUGGAGCUCGAGCGCGAGGCGGAGAAGUUGCAGGAGGACAUUGUGCUCGAGAAGACAGAGAAGGAUUCUUGA